GACGGCUGGAGAAGGCGCCGAGGAAGAGGAGUAGGAGCUAUAACAGGAGGCGUACGAUGGAAUCACUGCGCCCUCUUUUCUUCUUCUUCUUCUUCUUCUUCUUCUCUCUCUUUGCGUUUCGACAGUCGUGAGUAAUUGAUGGUAAUUGCCAGUCGGACGCUGUGCGCGAGGGAAACGGCGGGUGUUGUUUGGCGGUUCGUCCUCCCCUCCCUCCCCUCCUCCCGGAGAGUUAAGACCGGACAAGUUUGGACCGCGCUUCCUGUUGCGAGCUCGGUGACAACAACAACAACAACAACAACAACAACGACGACGACGGCGACGACGAAAGUUUCUCGUUGACGUCAGCGGUCACCGGAGGGAGGCUUGAACGGCAUGGACGCGCUUGCGGUAAAUACCGGGACUUGCGGAGAGCGCGCCGCGGGCGCCGAGCGACGCGCCGUCGUUUGAUUCGCGGGGCUGAGAAGCGGCCCGCGCGGCUCCCGUGGAAACUUGCGCAGAAUCGCGGAGAGUCGCUGGACUUGAACGCUCCUUUUCCUGCCAUUCUUCUCCGCUUCUCGGCGCUUCCUGCUUUGCGGCGGCGGCGGCGGUCCCCCGCACUUAAUGGCUAAAAAUACUGAAAACUCCAAAUGGACAGCUAGAUGGAACCGGAGCCUUCGCUGAGAGUCGCGCCGGCGUUCCUCUAAGUGAUCGGGAAUUUCGCGUUUCCCUUCGCCAGAUCGGGCACCUGCCCCGUUCGGAUUGGGAAAUAAGGGAUCGCUUGUUUGCCGAUAAUGAGGUGACUUACCUGCCCCCCCUAAGUAUGGGCAUGUAGAAAUGAUAUUAUGCUCUAGCGUUGUGUCGGGAAACCGCACACCACCAUCAGAUAAGACGAGAAAGGUCGAGUGGAAAGAAUUCUGCGCUUCUGAGCUUUAAAGUACUCGACGCAGGCGGUCUUGUUCGUGAUUCCUGUGCGGGCUAUGGCUAUUUCCAAUAGAGACCCGCGCUUUCAGAGUGGACCAUGAAUGAGAGCUACUUCGCGAGACACUUCGGUUCUCUCUGAAUCCUCUCUCGUGGCUCACUUGUUGGUCUAGUACGUUUCGCUGGUCCCUGAUGAACCAACAAGAAAGGCAGGAAAGGGAGAGAGGCGCAGUAAAGUACUCUUCUGUACUUUAUUUUCACACCCUUGGUCUACAGAAUCCAAUCCAACCAAAACAACUGCUCCAGGCUCCAUGGAGCCGCUGAAGAACAUAUUCAGCCGCGGCCCGCUGUCGAACUGGAAGAAUUUGGAGCAAUCGCAAAAAGGGAACUUCACCAACCCAGUGUGGACGGCGUUAUUCGAUUACGAGGCAUCUGGUAAAGAUGAGCUCACCUUGCGCAAAGGUGACCUGGUCGAAGUCCUCUCGUUGGACUCCGAGAUAUCUGGGGACGAGGGCUGGUGGGCGGGUAAGGUCAACAACAAGGUGGGAAUCUUUCCCUCAAACUAUGGGUCCUUCAAGCCGAGUGGAUAUGGGAAACUGCCGGGCAGCGGGGUGGUUGGGGAACUGGGCCCAGCUGUGGUGGGCGAGUUUGAACCCGAGGCUGUGGAUUUCAGGGAACUGAGCCUGGAGGAGGUUAUCGGGGUCGGGGGGUUCGGGAAAGUGUAUCGCGGUACCUGGAGAGGUGAGCUUGUGGCCGUGAAGGCCGCCCGUCAGGAUCCCGAUGAGGACAUCAGCGCGACGGCCCAGAACGUGCGGCAGGAGGCCCGCCUGUUUGCCAUGCUCACCCACCCCAACAUCAUCGCCCUCAAAGGGGUCUGCCUAAAGGAGCCCAACUUGUGCCUCAUUAUGGAGUAUGCCUCCGGUGGGCCGCUGAGCCGGGCGCUGGCGGGCCGACGUAUCCCGCCACAUGUCCUAGUCAACUGGGCCGUGCAGAUAGCCAGAGGGAUGCUGUAUCUUCACAACGAGGCCAUCGUCCCCGUCAUCCACCGGGAUCUUAAGUCCAACAACAUCCUUCUGGCUCAGCCUAUAGAGCAUGAAAGUAUGGAGGGUCUGACGCUGAAGAUCACAGACUUCGGCCUGGCCAGGGAGUGGCACAAGACCACAAAGAUGAGCACAGCCGGCACCUACGCCUGGAUGGCCCCCGAGGUCAUCAAGUCGUCCACCUUCUCCAAAGGGAGCGAUGUCUGGAGCUAUGGCGUUCUGCUGUGGGAGCUGCUAACCGGAGAGGCACCCUACAGAGGAAUAGACGGCCUGGCCGUGGCCUACGGGGUCGCUGUCAACAAACUCACCCUGCCCAUCCCUUCCACCUGCCCGGACCCCUUCGCUCAGCUCAUGUCAGAGUGCUGGGACCAGGACCCCCACCAUAGGCCCAACUUUGGCUCCAUCCUGGCGCAGCUGACCACCCUGGAGGAGCAGGUUAGGGAGGAGAUGCCCCAGGAUUCAUUUCACUCGCUGCAGGAGGACUGGAAGCUGGAGAUCCAGGAUAUGUUCGAUGAGCUGCGGGCCAAGGAAAAGGAGCUGCGGUGCCGCGAGGAGGAGCUGAAGCGGGCGGCCCUGGAGCAGAAGUCCCACGAGGAGUUCCUGCGUCAGCGCGAGCAGCAGCUGGCCCAGUGGGAGCAGGACGUGUUCGAGCGCGAGCUCAGCCUCCUCAUCCUCCACGUCAACCAGGAGAAGCCCAACGUCAAGAAGAGGAAGGGCACCUUCAAGAAGCACAAGCUGAAGAGCAAGAAUGGCGAGAAGAUCAGCAUGCCCAAGGUGGAUUUCAUCCAUAAGAUUACAGUGCAGGCAUCUCCGGGGCUGGAAAAGAGGCGCAACUCUCCGGAUCUGGGUUCAGGCUCCUCCCCUUCCUUCGGCCCACGCUUCCGAGCUAUUCAACUCAGUCCGAGUGACAACAGCAGAACAUUUGGUCUGAGCUCAGUGUGGCCCCUGGAGGCCCCUGCCCUUAAGCAAACCAAUGGAGAUUUGACUGGGCCCCACUGGAGGCCCCAGAGCCCUAAAAGUCCGAAGAGCCCCAAAGUGUUGCGUCUCAGUCCCCAGGAAUGUAGUCUUUCCAUGAGAGCCAAGCUUCUUGAGAUGGACAGCAAUGAAAAUGGGAGUUCCAAGGACGACUUUGAGGAGUACAGACCCUCCACGCCAACCCCUACCCUUGCCCAAAAUGGCUCCUCAGUUAAGGAGAGCCUGCGGCUGCGUCUACCUCAGGGAGAUUCAGGCAGUGAGGAAGGAGGCUCCUCUCCGGCUGGCUCCCCCAGGCCAGAGCGGGGUUCCCUGGGUGGCCUGAUCAAGAGCACCCACCGGGCCCUACUCGGCAGCGGCUCCAUACUGGCCUCAAUAGCUCUGGGUCGCUGCCUGGACGUCUCCCCUAAGGUGCCCCCAAGAACUAACCCCCCAUCCUUGGAGGAACACCACCGUGCCCCCUCCGAACCGGAGAUCACACCCCUUAAGCCCCCUGUAUCGGACCCCCCGGUGGUUGAUGACCUUAUCACCUUCUCCACCUCCGAGCCGCUCCCCAGGCCACUGUUGAAUUUAUCCCUCUCACCCCUGGAGGUGAAGCCAUUGCCCUUGACACCACCUCCCCCUAACCCCCGCGAGAGGGGUGGCUACCGAACCCCACAGACGCCACAGAGCCCCCAAACCCCCAGGACCCCCCAGCACCAUGGGAGGGCCAGUCCAGGAGAAUGGACCCCGGCCUCCUUCCCAACUAACGGGGAGCUCGGCUGCGAGGCGUCAGACCACGGAUCCGACAGGAGGAGGAGGUCCAGCCACGGCCUGCAUUCCUCUCAACUAAUUCUGGACCUGCCCCUGUGCCAAGACACGUUGGACAGUGAUGAGAAGCCAUCGGUGCCCUUCUCGCUCUAUCCGGACCCUCGCCUCUGGAGCCCCAAAACCCGCCGUCUGGAGGUCAACGUCAUUCCCAGACCCCGGCCCUCCCCUAUCCGGCCUCGCAUCGAUCCGUGGAGCUUCAUCUCGGCCGGGGGAGGAGGUUCGAUGGGCGGCCGCAGCCCCCAGCGCUCUGACAGCCAGCUCCUGGGCUACCAGGCCUCCCCCACCAACCCCUUCACCAACUGUGACCCUUUCCCUUCGCCGGACUGCGACCCCUUCACCCUCCGGGCUGAUCCCCCAUGUGUCCAGGAUGCGGCAUCACCCUUCGACCCCUUCUCAGCGCCCUUCCCCAUAUCCCGCUCUGCCCCCUGCUCCACCAAUGGCUCACCCACGCUGCCCACGUGCCGCGUCGCGCCCCUCAGUCCGGCAGACCUGUCCCUCAUCGACCUGGGCUGGGCGGCUUGCAGUAAACCAGUGGAUGGCACCAAAGAGAAGGCACGCCCCCGCAGGACUCUGGGGCUUAAGCCCUUUAAGUCCCCAACGCAGCUCAGAGACGACAGGUUCUGAUCCCCCGGGGUCCUCGGAAGUCGUGCGGUCGACUCUCACCUUAAGAACAGCAGCCUUUUUUUUUUUUUUUUUCAAGGGGCAUAAGGUCCGGUGCUACUGUGCAGAACAUUUGUCCGAAGUAUUAUCAAGGAUUCAGAAUCCUUUUAAAAAUGAAAAACCACACAAAGGUGCACCCCCCAAAACCCCCCAUCUCAUCCUGCUUAGGGAAGUUUUCCCCCUGUGGGAACCAGGGAGCCCCAUAAAGUGAACAGUCCUAUUUAUACUUACCCCUGUUGCUUUGGUGACCAGGAACCGGGGAAGGGCCACUGGUGGUACAUUGAAUCGUGUGAUCAGAGCCUGUGAACCAAGUGUCUGGCACCCAUUUUGUUACCACCCCCCUGCCUUCACCAUCUCUCUCCUCUCUCUCUCUCUGAUUCUCGCUUUUCUCUCUCUCGUUCUCUUUUCUCUGAAGAGGCAGAUCUGAGAUCAGUAGUCCAAUCCGCCGUUUCUAUCAGCCUCAUAUCUUCUGCUUUCAUCUCUCCCCACCUUUGAAGCAUCUUGACAAUGCAGAGUGUGGAUAAGGCGACUUGCACGGCUUUAUUUUGCCUCCACCUUCACUUUCCUGCAGACUCUAAAAGCAUUCAGGACAAUGGAUAUUUGGAGUGCCUUAUUUUGUGAAGUUUUUUUAGUAUAUAUAUAUAUAUAUAUAUAAAUAUAUAUACAUAUAUAUAUAUAUAAGGUUCCCUCCUUGAAAGGUUAACCUGGCACACAGGGAAGAUGCUAAAAAAAAUUGCUCAAAUGUGCAAAGCAGCUUAGCAUUACUGUGCAUGAAAACUGUGUGAGUGUGUUUGUGUAGGUGUGUUUGUACACAGCAUGUGUGUAUAUAUGCCAUAUGUGUAUUAUGUCUGUAUGUGUGUGCGUGCGUGUGAGUAAGUGCGUGUGCAUGCCUGGGUGUGUGUCUAUGCAGACUUACUGUGAAGAGAGCAUCCUCUUUUUUUUUCUCCUUAAAGCCCUUUCUCAGUGAUGCAUUGUGGGAGAAAGCACCUGCAGUGGCAGUGGUUGCUUUGGCCACUCUCUCCUAGGAAUUAUGAUGAGCAUGCAGUGCAGGACAGACUGGCUCUGUCCUUGCACUGGGAAAUAGAAAACAUUCCAGCCACAUUCCAGUUGGGGGGGGGUGCUAUGGGCUGGACUGAUUGGUUUGGCUGGCAGGCGACACAGGAAGCACAGGAAACAAAAGUGCAGAGACCCAUACAUUCCUUUCAUGUGCCAAAGAAUGUGACUGUAUGAGUGCAAAAGUCCUGGGUUCAGUUGUGUUUGCAGAUAAUUAUGUAAGGUUUUACCACAUUGGAGUGCCACAUUAGUGGGAUUGACCACACUGGACAAUACAAUGCAAGUCAAACAGCUGAGUUAAUUAUAUGUAAGGUUAUGGGAAACUGAGUUAGUGGGAGGCAAGCCCCAAACUUGUUCAAGACAAUGGUUCUCAAUCAGGUCCUCAGGUACCUCCAGUGCUGCUGGUUUUCUGUCCUGCUUAGUAGUUAAAUUACAGUCACCUGUUCUAUUUGGUCUGGCCUGCAAUCAGCAGGGAGGUUUAACACCUGGAACAUCCAUCCAUCUAUUACCCAAACCACUUAUCCUGCUCUCAGGGUCACUUGGGUGGCAGGCGGGGAGACACCCUGGACAGGCCGCCAGGUCAUCACAGGGACGAGAGACACACACACACACUCACACCUAGGGAUAAUUUAGUACGGCCGAUUCACCUGACCUACAUGUCUUUGGACUGUGGGAGGAAAACGGAGCACCUGGAAGAAAUCCACGCAGACCCAGGGAGAACGUGCGAACUCCACACAGAGAAUGACCUGGGAUGACCCCCAAGGUUGCACUAACCCGGGGCUUGAACCCAGGGCCUUCUUGCUGUGAGGCAACUACGCUAACCACUGUGCCACACUUGGAACAAUAGAUUAAUAUAAUGAACUACCAGGUUUAAUCCAAAACCAGCAGUACUGAUGGUAAUUGAGGACCUGACUGAGACUGCCCUAUCUGGCUCAACUGUCUUGAUGCAGUAAAAUCCACCUUUUUAGUAUGCCUGAAGUUUUUCUUCCUUCUGUUUAUGAUUAUUUGCAAAUACAUCUUGACCGAGGUCUGAACACCCCCUGUACAUUCCAGCAGGCUAGCAGGGCUCCUGACCCCUCACCCGCUCCUGUCUAUUUCCAUUAACACCAGUCAAGACCGGUUCGCUCUCUUCCCAGCAUGACUGUCCACCAACCUUAUCGGUGUAUGUUGAAGCACCCAGCAACUGAAAGAGACCCCUUAAAACACAGCCCCAGCUCCUCCGGCGGACCCGUUCCGUAAUUAGUGCAUUUACGACGUACAAGACACGAUCGGAUUCCUCGCAAAGGCCAUGUCAUUGAAACACAACAAUAAGGGCUUUGUUUCAAGUGAGUACUGUAAACCACUUCUCCAGAGGGGGAAGCGUUGUGAUGAGCUUAAUAAUCCCUCUGAGGAACAGGAGGCCGAUAAUGAUGAUUAACCUCGCGAGGAAGAUGAGAGCGAGCGAAGUUAACAAAACACUUAGGGGGAAAUAAUUCAACUCAACAUUAACCCCCUCCUUUAUUUAUUUACUCUUUUUUUUUUUUGCAAGACACCAUUUCCAGGAGAGGUUUGGCUUAUCCUUCCUAUCGUUUUUAUUCAGAGAUAUGAAGUCCUCUUUCUGUCUUGCCACCGGCUGCCUUGCCGCUGACCAGAUUAAGUCUUCACCACUUCGUCCGUCUUGCUGUUCCUCCCCUCAGGCGAUGUACACAUAACUGUUCUGAGAGAUAGCGCUUGGGUUUCUUUCUGUUCUUUUUUCUUUCCAGUGUCCAUCCAUCCUCAUACUGUUUUUCCACCCUGUUUUAGGGCACUUCUGUCCUCGUCCUGCAGAGUCUCGAGUUCAACAACAGUUGAGUUCCCGUUUCAAACAAAGCCUUUGCUCCAGAGCCAAUAAAAUUGUAUUUAUUCCGAGGUGUACCAGGGGCACCAGAUAGCUCAGCUGUUUUCUUCAUCCGUGUCACUCACGCUAAAUGACAGGCGAGGGGAAUGGCUCAUUCAUUUGCAGUAGCAAAUGAAUACAGGACGACUGUAGUAACUCACCUAUCAAUGACUGAUGGCCAUCUACUUCAAAUGCCUAUUGCCUGAUCUCUGAUCUGGACUUAAAUCUUUUUUUUUUCCCUACGCAGAAUUUAACGAGAUCAAGUAGGCAAUAACACCUGCUUGACCAAUUUAUCCACCAUAUCUCGUCCUAUAGUCCACAACCAAUGCCCGCCUUCGGCGGUGUACGAGAAACGUUGAGUUUCGUUCGCUCUGUGUAAAUGAAGAACGCUUUAAACUGAAUUUGUCUUUCUUCACCCGGGCCUCGACCUCCCUCUGCUCCUCAUGUAUUACUGUUGACAUUGUAGAGUGGUGACAAAGCGAUGAGUUAUUGCCUCUUUUCUUAGUGUCAACAGAUGAUGUCACAGGAGCGGUCCCUCUAAUCAUCAUUAGGCCCAGAUAGCUGUCAGCGUGCAACAAGACGCUCGUGUGAGAGAAGCCGGGAUGAUUGAAAAGUCUGCCGGAUCAGUUCUGACGAAGGGGAUUUGUGAGUGUGUCAGGAUCCCACCUUGAGAUGCCACUCACAAGACGUGCUGUAUGUGAACGCUGUUAGAGCCAGACAUUAAUUCUCUUCAGAUGCAACGUGGCUUGAGGGCUUACCUAUCGCUUUCUGUAAAGGUGUUCACACAUAAUUGAUACUUGACUUUAAGAGGCGUUACUGCCAAUCAUCAGUAGUCAUGGCCCAUUUUGAUUUUGAGAUACUUCCCCAUGGGGAAAUUACUUUCUGCAUUUAACCCAUCCUAGCUGUGUAGCUAGGAGCAGUGGGCAGCCGCCGUGCAGCACCCGGGGACCAACCCCAGUUCCCCUUGCCAUGCCUCGGUCAGGGGUACAGACAGGAGUAUUAACCCUAACGUGCGUUUCUUUUGAUGGUGGGGGAAACCGGAGCACUCGGAGAAAACCCACAGCAGACACACGGAGAACACGCAAACUCCACACAGGAUGAUCCCUAGGUGGGACAACCCCAGGAUUCGAACCCAGGACCUUCUUGCUGUGAGGUGACGGCGCUAAACACUGGGCCGUCGUGCUGUACAGUUGGUUGCUGAAGUUAAAGCUUUAUUUGCUUGAUAGGAUGAGACACCUUAGUGCUUCUGAGACGCUGUUUGCCAGGACCCUAAAAGUUGUAGACACGUGUCGGCCUUAUUCCUUCUUCAUACGUAGUAUGCAAAACAAUCCUACCUCAGCUUUGUCAUCUUAAACUUGACACGGGGCAAGAUUGUUAAGAUAAAGUAUUUCUAUAUUGGGUAAAUUGGACCGUGACUCGGGAUGUGCUCUUUGAAGCCGUUUGUGGACAGGCUCUUCUGAAUGUUGGUGGUUGGCUGUCAGUUUGAGGUAGCCGCUGAUGGUCCAACAGUGCUAACAGUCUGCACCAGGAGGAAACUUCUGAUGGGUUGUUUGUGACGCCCUCCCAGGCAUCGCCCUCGUCCGUCAUCGCAAGUCGGUCUCCAGCAAUACAACAACUACAACACUACAUUUUCUACUGGAAAGUUGGGCGGCGAUAGUGCCAACUAGACCCAAUACGUUUUCAAAGUAGGAAAGUUUUCAACCGUGGAGUGGGGUGCAGACAUGGCUUUUGAUCAUCUCAGCGGGAGGUUUGAGAUUGAGAUCACUUGUUAUCAAGAAAGACAAAUGGUCAAGAUGGACUUAGGGAACACAGUAGGGGACAUUUAAGCACUGAUGAAAAGACAAGUGGUUGAAGAAAGACGCAGAAGUAAACCAAUAAUAAGGACACAAAUGAAAAAAAUGCUCAUUUGACAAACUGGUGAGCGUGCUUACAUGAGUAACAUGGCGGUGAAUAGACAGGAAGUGUGGACAGAAUGAUGAGUAGCUGGGUCUUAACUCGACUAGCAUCUGUCAAGUCAGCCCCGGAGUCCGGCUGUCUUAAGUGAAACCCUGUUAACACACGUCAAGCUUAAUUCGUCCAUGUACUUGGCAGUGUACCCCACUUAGCCUAAUUUCCUUCUUUAAAUUGUGCAAAUGUGCACGUGUAAAAAAAAAAAAAAGAUUACAGGGAUGCCACAGCCGUGUGCCAGUUUACCCAAAUGAUAAUGUACUAGUUAAAGCCAACCCCUUUCUCCAGAAGCGAAGGGAACAGGAUGUGGACUGUAGUUCAUGUGUGUAUGUCAGUGAUCUCUGCUGUGGACAGAUGCUGAAAAUAACACAGCUCCCAUCCUGUAAGCAAGUCAACGUACAACGCAAACAGAACAACAAUAGUUAAAACCAUGUUCUGUUGUCUUCUGUAUCGUUCGCUAUAUAAAUCUAAAUGCGAAGUAAAUUCACGUAAAUCACGCAAACACUUAGUACCACAAGCUGCAGACUGUGUGAGGUAAACAUGCCCAUCUGUAUGUGUUGCACUUACUGGGACACCUGCUAGUCGACGUUUUGUUGGACCCACUUGAUACUACCUUUAUCUUCUCUAAUCGCCGAAGCCUUAGUCGAGGCACACCUCUUUUUAAGUUACUGAAAAAAUUUGGGAGUUUUUGCAUAAUUUGUACAUCUUGUUGUUUCAUUCAUUCGGUCUUGCCCUGGUGGGUCAGUAGACCUCUGACUGACGCCUGAUGCACAUUUCAUGCCGUCAGAUGGAUUCUGGAUCCGACCCUGUUUCACUACAGUGUAAACAUGCACAGGCUGCUGCUGCAUCUUAGUAGUCGUCAACUACUCCCAAAAAUAGUCGAUUAAUUGCAGGAGAUAUAUCAUGUUUUUUUUCCCCAAACCAAUAAUAUUGGUCAAUUCUCGUCAAAAAGCUCUCAAAUACAACCAGUACUAGACUAGAUAAACGAUCAGUCUACAGCUAUGCACAGUGUCCACUAGUGGAUUUGAUGGUCGACUAUUCUGGGAAACCCCUGGUGCCUUUAACUCUUCUCACAUUUGAAGAUUUCUUUCUUGUGCUUUUUUUAGAUUAGUUGGUGGGUUUUGAUCAGUUUUGAAGCUGCACAAGGAAAUUGCUAGCUAUUGUUUGCUUAGCAUUAGCUGUAUUUGCCCCUGACAUCUACCGGACGGUGUUUGCACAACACUACCAGUGACCCACUUCUUACAGGGGUCACUGGUAGAGUGCUGAUCCACAAACUCAAUCCAUUGUACCGUAGGUGACAAAUAGAUGGAUGCGGAUGUAGUCUGAAAGCUGUGAGAUGAUGUCAACACCUUAGAGGUCGUGUAAGAACAGAUUUGUAAGUGAGGAUACAGGUGAUACGGCCUGUCGCUGGCUCCCAAGUGUCGCAGCAGUUUAUUGGACAUUACAAAUCGGCCUGAUUAUCCAGCUCAUUUUGGUCCUGUCAGAGCAAGCUGUCGGCACCAGAAGCUCACUGCGUCUCCUUGUGGAUAUUCAACCGAAACACCUGCCCUCAGAUUAGUCCAUUAUUGAGCAUUAAUGGGCCUCGAUCAAGUGAUCAAUUAUGACCUUUCCCCUGAUUGUACAGGAAUUACCUGCCCCAAAAGCCGCACAAUAAAGACCGCGAGGGCUAAAGGCACUGCCAGGUGUGGAAGCCAGCUCUGCAUUUCUGCCGGAGCGUGAAUAUUUUUCCUCAUCCAUGUUGGUCAAGGUCACCAUCUGCUGUCCUCCCUGCAAUUACAACAUUUAACUACGUAAAUUGAAUGAAUGAGAACCAUGAAAGGAGGACUGAUUAGUUUCCAUGUAAACGGUGAAGGCUCCCCGAGAAGGCCGGCACCGUGUUUACAAAAUGUAGAUUUUUAUCUGCAGUUAUUAACAUAAGGCCUGAAUGCCCCUCUCCCCCAUAUGACGGACCCAUCAUCUGACGGUUUUGUUGCUGAAUACCUUUAUUGAUGUUCAAGUACCUUUCAGGCCUGUUGCAAUAGGAUUCGUUCAAGUCUGUAUUUUUUGUUGUUUUGCUGCUGAGGUCACAAACACGCGAGUGAUUUGCCAGUUUCUGGAGCCGAGCCUCAAGUGGGAUUCAAUGUGUAGUGUUCACCAUGAGCAAUACCCGUCACAGCUCAACAGUAGUUAAAGAAGGACGGUGGAGGGAAUUAAACCGUGUCCUCUCGAGCCUCAUGGCGAUCAGUAGUCACCUUUCCACACCCUAGCUGAUCACUAGCCGCGUCUGCCCAAGUGUUUAAGUGGUAUUUAAGGCUUUUCUGAGGUCUCUUUCAGAUGCUUCUGCUUGUACUUAACAUGACCGAGCUUCAAGUGGUCCCGGGGGGGGGGGAUUUCGGGACGGUUUAGAUGGUACAAAUCCCCCAGGGCUUAGCGACCGGUCCUCCUCUGCUAGCAUCACAGUACUGUAAAAGGCUCUUCCCUGGGACGUCGUCUCGCUCGCCAGCCAAGGACGUUUAGACAUGGGGUCAAAACGAGGACGAGUUUCUAUUUAUCAACGGCCAUCUUUUGACACACUGGACUAAAAACUUCUUCUUUUUAAGAUGGCCAUAGACAAAGUCUGCAUCAGGAUGAUGGAUUUGAUGGCUUAGUGUUUUUUUUUUUUUUUUUUUUAAAUGCUUGGUUGUAGUUUUUUGUUUUUUAGGUCUUCACUGGAGUAUUUAAGAUGGCGUGUGGGCGGUUCGUUUAAGGCAGAAUGGCCUUCCAUUCCAGCUUUCGGACACAACCAAAUCUGAGAACAGAUUAGGAGAUGUGCCCGGAAGAGCCGGGAUGGAAGCUUGUUGUAUUUGUACAUUUACUCAAACUCCCAAACCAGACGCGGUGUCUCUCCGGGGCACCCGAGCUGACAACUGUCCCCUGCAUGAAGCCGAGAUGAGGUGAGGCCUGUCUUACUGAAGACAAACGGCAAGGUCGACCUUAUCCCCGUCUCUGUGUCUAGUUCGCUUGUUUAUUUCUGCCAGAUUUCUUUUCCCUUUUUCUGUUUUCUGCCUAUGACAAACUAGGAUAUGUGUUUACUUUUGUAGUCUCGCAGCGCCCCAGCAGCCGUUGUUUGCGUUUCUCUGCGUUGUGUCUCCGCUCGUGCGAGUACGAGUUCUGCUGUCGCCCGGCUCUGAAAUUCAUUGUCGAUGUUGUGUUUGUGAAAUCUGUCACUGGGCUGGGCCUAAUCAACUGUUUUUAUUAUUGUAUUUCAAGAGAGUUAUGUCUUUCUGUAUACAGUAUGUGAAAAUAUUUUUUUUUUCUCUUGACUAUUAUAAUGGGUUUUAACCUGUGGAAAAAAUAUAAAGGAAAAAAAGCUCAGAACAAGAUGAGACCAAAAUAAAAUGUAACACCCCUGACAUGACAUUUGUAUUUUAUUUGGCUUUUCACAUAUUUCCUUCUCCGUAUAGCGGCAGUGGUUUGU